AUGGAGGCCCUGAAAGAGAUACUUAUCAAACUAUUCAAGACUUCUGUUCAGCUGCCAUUCAGCAAACCAAUAACCAUAAACAACAAUGUAAUAAACUGGUCUAAAACCAACAAAAUAAGUGUACUACAAAAAGACACAAUAGUGAUCCUAGGACUACAACUAAACAUACAACAAAUAGUCCCUAAAACAAGCUACGAACGAUUCUACAUCAGAAUCAACCAAGAAUACCCAACCGAACAAACUGGUAUUGACAUAACUGCAUUUUUCUACCAGCUGGAAAAACUUGCAGUAUACAAUAUGGUUUAUGAUCCAAUACUUGCUCCCAGGUUAAAUAGAAGUAAACAUAUCCAACCAGAAUAUAUUUUAGCGUCCUGGUCUUGUCCACAACUAGUGACAAAUCAUACUUGUGCCUUGGCGACUUUGACAAAUUUAGGGUUUGUUGAAAUAUACAUACACCAUUUGCAUAAAUUUUAUGCAAUCGGUAGUAUAAACCAGUUCUGGUUGGAUGAUAUUAAACCAAAAUGGAAUCAUCCAGCGACUAAUAUGACCGGGUCAUAUGAAGCACACAAACAACGUGCUUUCGAAUUGCAUGUAUCUACACUUGUCUGGAGCCCUUACAGAGACGGAUAUUGUUAUUUAGUAACAGGGCAUACGAGUGGUCAUAUUGCUGUUUGGAAAAUUGAGCAAAUUGAUUAUGAACAUCCUAAUUUUAUACCCGAGUUGCAAUUUAAAUUCAAACAUUUUGAUUUAUGUGUAUCAACAUUGUAUUGGUAUAAGGAUUACCUUUUUAUGGGUUAUACGAAUGGCAAAGUUUUUGUGAGUGGGAUAAAGGAUGAAGUGGAAGAACCAAAAACUAUUUGGGGGGAUGAAGAUAAUAUUAAGAUUAAGGGUUUUAAAAUGGCUCGCUUUGAAGAUCGUUUGGCAUUGGUUAUUGUGAAAGGGAGUUUCUUCAUAGCAGUUUUGUUAGAUAAAGAAUUAGGGGUUUUGCAUACUGUACAUACUAGUGUUGUGCCUUAUAUUACAGGUAUAAAGCGUAUCACAGACCAAGAAUUUGUAGUAUCUUCGGUAUCAGGAGCCCUAACCAACAUACAACUAUCCCUUAACCCAGAAAACAAAUUACAGCUGGAUCGCCAAAACCUAACAAUCCCUCAAGACUCCAACUUUGGCACCUUCGGCAUAACCUGCUCGAAAUCCAGAUCGAUUUGGGCCUUUUUCCAAAGCCCUUUAAAAGUCUACGACCAUCUUGUGUUAAAACAACCUUCGUCCAUGAAAUUCUACUCUUGUAAAAGAUUUAAUCCUAUCGAUACUUUGAAGAAUAAUCCUGAGAGAAGACUUGCAGAUGUUUGGGAAUGUAUGGACUAUGUUAGGCUUAAAGUUAUUAAGCAGAAAUCACUACUGGAAUGGCCUUGCUAUUCCAAAACGCUUCCGAUUUACGAAAAAAAGAUUUUAUACUGGUUGUCGUCGGAGUUGGACAAUGUUGUAAAGAGACAAGCCAGGCCUGUUCCUUUUGAUAUAACUUUUACCAAAAAGCUAUUCGAUCAAAUCAUGGCUGAACAUGUUCUCAAAAUGUUUGAAGGACUUUACAACAAGUUUUGUGAAGACAAAGAGUUGAGUGUUUUGGAUUUGAGGAUUUUACGAAAUUAUAGAGACUUUUUUAAACAGUAUACUGAUCCUGAAAAUAUAGACCAUGUCGGAGAGGAGCUGUAUGUGAAAUUGAAUGAAAGUUAUGAAAAAUCGACGGCAAUUCAAGUCGAUUUACCGCUGGAGAAAUGUGGAUGGUGCGAAGAAAAUCUAGUAGACCUGAAAUGUCCGAAUAAGCACCUCUUCAGCUCCUGCAUGAUAACGCUGCUGCCCACACCAGAAAUGGAACAUCUGAUGUGUCCGGUUUGUGAAAAAAUUGCCAGGAUUGAACUGAUGAGUACGGAACCUUUCUGUGUAUUCUGUGAUGUUAAACUGAUAAAACAAUCGUACAUAGAAGAAGAAAAAAUGGAAUCAUAA